AUGCCUGCCGAGGCUGCGAGCACUUCAUGUCAUGGUUCGAGUUUGCUUCAGGCCGCUGACACAGCUCAAUAUACCGAGUUUCUAAUGUGUGAUACUUGUGUGACAUAUCAGCAUGCAGGUUAUCAUUCGAAAACUUCUACGUCUGGGCAUGUUAAUCAAGCAACUGAAGUGUCAACAUCGACUCCCGAUGAGGGCGUAUUGAGGGUUGUGACUGGCAAAGGCCCGAUCUUCAGCUCAGACUUCUUGGAGCCGAAUAUGCUGACCGAUUGGGAGUUGGCAAAGAUUCGGAGGCUAGCGGUGCAGAAGAUAUUAGUGCAGAUCGGUUAUGCACCAGGGCUGUCAUGCCCAGGAAAAAACCCCGGUCACAUGACAGCAUCACAUGCCCCGAGAACCCCGAGAAUACAACGCCCAAUUGUCAAAGUGUCCUACUCCUAA